CUGAGAAAGCUCAUCUUGGUCAGAGUACGCUGCUUAAGCAAAGGAGACUGGCCACCAGGCUGAAGACCUGGAUUAUCUGAUCUGUACUGAAAGUGUGCCGUUACUGUUUGGGAAAAAUAUCAUUUUACAGUGAAAAGUGACAGCCUUGUGGAGUUUAAUCCUUGCUAACUCUCCUGUCUGCAACUUGAAACUUGCAUGCCAUGGAACACACACUCUUUGGCUGCCUGCGCAGCCCUCAUGCCACCUCGCAAGGAUUGCACCACUUUACCCAAUCUUCAAUUGCCCUGCAUGGAAGAUCCGACCAUAUGUCCUAUCCUGACUUGUCUUCUUCUUCUCCCUCGUGCAUAAUUGCUGGCUAUCCAAAUGAGGAGGGCAUGUUUGGGAACCAGCAUCACAGAGGGCACCACCAUCACCAUCAUCACCACCACCAUCACCAACAACAGCACCACCAAAAUUUGCAAUCUAAUUGGCACAUUCCUCAGAUGUCCUCUUCUCCUGCCUCCGCUAGACACAGUCUUUGCUUACAGCAGGAAUCCGGACCUCCAGACCUAGGAAACAGCCCACCUAUUUUAUGUUCAAACACCUCUAGCCUGGGCACUAACAACUCUCCUGGUGCAGCGUGUGUGACAGGGGACUAUGGAAGGCAGACCCUCUCCCCUGCAGACACAGAGAAGCGAAGUGGGAAAAGAAAAAGUGACAGUUCAGAUUCUCAGGAGGGAAGCUAUAAGUCAGAUUUAAAUAGUAAACCCCGCAAGGAAAGAACUGCAUUUACAAAAGAACAAAUCAGAGAACUCGAGGCUGAAUUUGCCCACCACAAUUACCUGACUAGGUUGAGAAGAUAUGAAAUUGCAGUGAACUUGGACCUCACUGAAAGACAGGUUAAAGUUUGGUUUCAAAACCGUAGAAUGAAAUGGAAACGUGUAAAAGGAGGUCAACAAGGGGCAGCUGCACGAGAAAAGGAACUGGUAAAUGUGAAAAAAGGAACUCUUCUACCAUCAGAGCUCUCCGGAAUUGGGGCAGCAAGCCUCCAACAUACAGCUGACUCAUUAGCCAAUGAUGAUAGCCAAGAUAGUGAUCAAAGCUCAGAACACGCGCAUUUGUGAUUCCAAAAAGACUAUCAACCAGUUUUGUUCUCAGGAAAGAAAUUCUACAAAGCAAGACUUACUGAAAUAUUUAUACGCAACAGUAUUUUGGGGAGCUAAGCCUUUGUAUUUUUUAACUAAAUAGUUUUUAAGAUGCAUUAAUCCUUUGAGCGUCAGAGGAGAUAAACACAUUUCCUUGCUGCUCAAAUGGUUAAAAGGGAAGUUAGCCAUUUUAAUGAUGAAGAAGAAACUGGUUUGGAUUGGAACAUUCCGAUACUUUCAAUGAAGAAGUCAAUACCUAGGGCAGGUAUACUUUGCUUUAGCUUGCACUGAAUUUUACUCAAAGUCAACACAGUUCUGAUCUUUCAUUGAAAAAAUAGCAGUGCUGAAUUCACCGAUAAACAAAAUAAAUAUAGCUUUAUCUCUGUAAAUAAUCAUAUUACAUUAUUCCUGUCUUCACUACUAUUGCAACACCUUCAUAUAUGAAGUUGCCAUUGAAAAACAAGACAGUCGCUUUUAUUUCUAUUAAUCUCUUUCAAUUUAACAAAGACAAUCUUCUCAACUCCUUUACAACCAGUGGGUGGAGAAAUGUAAUAAGACAUUUCACAUUCCCAUGGACCUAUGGGUUAAGUAUUGUAAUUGUAAAGAAUCCCAUUCAAGAAACAUGUUGAAUUUUGACAAUAUUACUAAUGGAGCAUCAUUCUAUCUCCAAUUCUUGAAGGUCCAAUUGGAUAUUAAUGACUGUGAGCAAUAUAUGGAUUGAGUAUUGCCAAUUAUUUGUCAGGAUAAUAGCAAUUUAUGAUGAAAUUAAAUUAUAGAUUUGCAAAUGUUAACUAUGUGUGUGUGUGUAUAAUAAUAUUGGACAAUAAGUCACAAUCUAAUGGCUGCCAUGAUGUUAUCUAUUCUGGGACUUAAUUUUAAAAAGAAAGAGCUACUUUCACACAUAUGCCUGAUUUCAAUAACCCUUGAAAAACUUUAAGCAUAUCUUAUUAAAAAUACCUGUACCUGAUCAGAAUCCAGAAAACACCUAGAGAAGGCAGAUCAUACCCUUUAUACAUGUGGAUGCAUGUACUUAUAUGCAUACACAUUUCAUACAUAAAUGUUACAAGUGUGUUCAUUUGCAGAACAAAGUAUGCAAAUAAUAUAAUACAUUGUCUGUACUUUGUAAAUAUGAUCAAUAAAUUUCAUU